AUGCACUAUAAUGUGCGUAGCAAGCUAGCUUUGGCUGGCCUCCGAACUCUAUUCCUUCGUCAAUCAACAAAAAUCCCCCUUUCAGCCCACACCUCUCCACACCAAAAGAUGGAUUCGUCCUCAAAAGCUCCCGUCAAGCUCGCCAAAGUCAUUAAGGUUCUGGGACGCACUGGCUCCCGAGGAGGUGUAACACAAGUCCGCGUUGAAUUCAUGGAUGAUACAUCGCGGACGAUUAUCCGCAACGUAAAGGGGCCAGUACGAGAGGAAGACAUCCUGGCCCUUCUGGAAAGCGAGCGUGAGGCAAGAGGUUUCGAGCUCAUAGAAUACACGCGGAUAGUUCUCUUGGACAGUGAUAUGAUCGUCUUGAAGAACAUGGACGAGCUGAUGUUGCUCGAUAUCCCUAACGAACAUAUUGCAGCUGUACAUGUAUGUGCAUGCAAUCCGCGCCGGAUGUCCCAUUACCCUAAGGACUGGCGGCCCGACAAUUGCGCACAUACUGCUGUCAAGCACCCAACAGAACCUCCCCCUUCAAUAACAGAAAACUCGCCUCGCCCCUAUACCCAGCUGAACUCGGGAACGGUGGUCCUCAGCCCUUCAAUGAAACUCGCUGCAGACGUUAUGCAGUACCUCUUCACUUGCGACCGGAUAUCGGAAUGGAAAUUCCCUGAUCAAGACCUGCUCUCCAGUUUUUUUCAAGGCAGAUGGCGCCCUAUAUCUUGGUACUACAACGCGCUCAGAUCGUUGCACAGCGUCCACCCCAUCAUCUGGUCGGAAGGAGAAAUUCGAUGCUUACACUAUAUUUUCGCGGACAAGCCAUGGCAAUCUCGAAUAACGCCACCUGCAUCAGAGGAGGGCUUCGAUGUCAUGGAUAGGUGGUGGUGGGAGCGGUUCGACGAAUUGGGGAAUAUUAUGUCGAGGAGCGAUCCGCGAGGGUGGGAGUUGGUAGUUGCUACCGUGGACAAUAGGUUUUAA